CGCUGGACGUUUCGUUCGUCGCGCGUUCGGAAGCAAAAAAAAGCUUAAAAUGGUCAAAAUCCAACGCCCGCCCAAAACCAAUAAGAUUUGCAUUAUUGCAGAGCAGUUGCCGCAGUGUCAUGUGUGAAUUGUGCCAGCAGUGGGAAAAUGCAAGUGCCGAAGGACAAUAGCAACAAUGCCAGUUCGAUACAUACACACAGACGAGGGCCGAUGAAAAACUGGUAUAUAAAAGACGCCAAAAGCUUGCGAAAAAGAGAGCCAACGCGCCCCUAACUUGGCUACAGGAUAAUAAAAAGGCGAUACAAAAUCAGUGGCGACGAUUUGAGCGGCAGGAUAAACAGGAAGCAAACCGUCCGUGAUGUCACAACAACACCCCCAUCACGCCCACCCCCACCACUACGCCCACCACUAUCCGCCUCCUGCAACGCCCAUGUCCCUUCAGCAACAUCAACAGCAGACGCAGCAGCCGCAUCAACAGCAGCAGCAGCAACAGCAGCAGCACGCCAAUUGGUACUCACAUGUUGCUUCCUACCCCACACCCCACUCGGCUUUCGGCCCCGCCCCCUCCUGCAAGGCCACCAACAGUAGCAGCAGCAACAACAACAUCAUGGGUGGCGGAAGCUAUGGGCCGGGGGGUGGUGGUGGCGCGCAGGGCUAUUAUGGCGCCGCUGGCGGUGGCCUCAAUGUCAGUGGGACGAUGGUGGGUGGUGGGCAGAGUUACGGCCUUGGGGCCAAUACUGUGGCAUAUGCCCACAACCAACUGCUGCAGUACCAACAGCAGCAGCAGCAACAACAACAACAACAACAACAUCAGCAACUUCCACAGCAUCUAAACCAGCAAAGGUCCUAUAUGGGCCACGAUAUCAUGACCGGCAGCUAUCCCUAUAUAAAAAGCGAACCGCUGGAGGCUUUCCAGCAGCCUCCUAAUCCCAUGGCCCCACCCCCGGCACCAGAAGUACUAAUAAAAUCGGAACCCAUUGACGAACAUUCCUACAAGUCCAACUUUAUUGAUGAUAAUACGCCAUUCGCUGACUUUAGUAAGUUCAACGAAUUUAGCGAGGAUAUGUUGAGUCCCAAAGUGGAGCUAACAGUAAAAGAUGAGUCAUAUGGAAGGAACACUGACAGCUUUCUGCGCCGCAAACAACAAUCGGAUCGGAGCGCCGAAAGUCUGCCUAUUUGUCAACGUUGCAAAGAGGUCUUCUUCAAGAAGCAGGUCUACCUUCGACAUGUGGCCGAGAGCAAUUGUGGCAUACAAGAGUACGACUUUAAGUGCAGCACGUGUCCCAUGUCCUUCAUGACCACCGAUGAGCUGCAGAGGCACAAGCAUCACCAUCGUUCAGACAGGUUCUUCUGCCACAAGUACUGCGGGAAGCACUUUGACACGAUCGCAGAAUGUGAGGCGCAUGAGUACAUGCAACACGAGUACGACAGUUUUGUUUGCAACAUGUGUUCCGGAACCUUUGCCACCCGAGAGCAGCUAUACGCCCACCUUCCGCAGCACAAGUUCCAGCAGCGCUUCGACUGUCCCAUCUGCCGCUUAUGGUAUCAGACGGCUCUCGAACUCCACGAGCACCGUCUUGCCGCUCCCUACUUCUGUGGCAAGUAUUACACGGGUGGACAAUCAUCGUCUGCCUCCCAGUCGCAGACGCAGCAGCAGCACCAAGCGAACUACAAGCUACAGGAUUGCCAUAUGGCUACCAUGGAAGUGCCCACCGCCCCGCACCAUAAAACGAACUCAUCCUGCUCGUCCUUGCCCGCUACGGCUGCUCUGAAUUCGCUGCUGCAGCAGCGACAAGCAAAUGCCGAUGGAGCUGCUAUGUUUGCCGCAUCUGCAAUGAAGAACGAGGUGAAUGUUAAGCUGGAACGAAGCUAUAGCAAUUCGACCAGUGAAUCAUCCUACAGCGUUCAGGAGAGUGGCUACAAUAAUGCCUAUGGAAGCGACAGUUCAAUCCACGGAGGAGCGAUCGCUGGCCCACAAGCACACUCUUCAACGCUGGACGACUCCGAGGACGCAUUGUGUUGUGUGCCGUUGUGCGGAGUGCGAAAGAGCACAAGCCCCACGCUGCAGUUUUUCACGUUCCCCAAGGACGAUAAGUACCUUAAUCAGUGGCUGCAUAAUCUUAAAAUGUUCCACAUACCCGCCGCCAGCUACGCUAAUUUCCGGAUCUGCAGUAUGCACUUCCCGAAGCGCUGCAUUAACCGCUACUCAUUGUGUUAUUGGGCGGUACCUACGUUCAACCUGGGCCAUGACGACGUAGCUAAUCUGUACCAAAACCGGGAAUUGACCAACACCUUUACUACCGGCGAAGUAGCACGUUGCAGUAUGCCCCACUGCACCAGUCAACGGGGUGAGAGCAACUUAAAGUUCUACAAUUUUCCCAAGGACAUAAAAAGCCUGAUCAAAUGGUGUCAGAAUGCACGACUUCCGGUGCAGGCGAAGGAGCCGCGUCAUUUCUGCAGUCGCCACUUUGAGGAACGCUGCAUCGGCAAAUUUCGACUGAAGCCCUGGGCGGUACCCACUUUACAUUUGGGUGCCCAGUAUGGCAAGAUACACGAUAAUCCCAAGAAUCUUUACGUCGAGGAGAAACGGUGCUGCCUCAACUUCUGCCGCCGGAGUCGAUCCUCUGAUUUCAAUAUGUCGUUAUAUCGAUUUCCCAGAGAUGAGGUCCUCCUGCGACGUUGGUGCUACAAUCUUCGCCUUGAUCCAGGAGUGUAUCGCGGAAAGAAUCACAAAAUAUGCAGCGCUCACUUUAUUAAAGAGGCGUUAGGCCUACGGAAGCUAUCACCGGGUGCGGUACCCACGCUUCACCUGGGCCAUACGGACACCUUUAACAUUUACGAAAACGAGCUGUGGCCGCCGCCAACGGCUUCCAAUAGUCACAGUAGUGGCCUCCAGCAGCACCAGCCGCAACAUCAUACUUCGCAACACUCACUGCAGCAACAGCUCCACAGCAAAGCUUACCAGCGUCACUCGGCGGCCUCUACGUCGUCCUCGGCCAGUUCGGCUACUUCUCACUACGUGGAUCCGGAAAUGAGUUCUUCUUACCUCUCAAUGGGUGUAGGUGGAUCCUCGGCAUUGAACGCCACCGACACCAUGGACAUCUGCUGUGUUCCUAGUUGCGAGAGCAAGCGGCACAACAACGAGAACAUUACAUUCCAUACUAUACCGCGCCGACCAGAGCAGAUGCGGAAGUGGUGUCACAACUUGAAAAUACCAGAGGAAAAAAUGCACAAGGGCAUGCGGAUCUGCAGUCUGCAUUUCGAGUCUUACUGCAUCGGCGGUUGUAUGCGUCCGUUUGCUGUGCCUACCCUUAACUUGGGUCAUGAUGAUGAAGACAUUCAUCGAAAUCCGGAUGUGAUUAAGAAGCUGAAUAUCCGAGAAACGUGCUGCGUCGCCGUAUGCAAACGGAAUCGGGACAGGGACCAUGCCAACCUGCACCGUUUCCCAAGCAAUGUGUCGCUGUUGACCAAAUGGUGUGGCAAUCUCCAGCGCCCUGUUCCUGAUGGCAGUAAGCUUUUUAACGACGCUAUCUGUGAAGUGCACUUCGAGGAUCGAUGUUUGCGCAACAAAAGGCUAGAGAAAUGGGCAGUGCCUACUUUGAUUCUAGGACAUGAAAACAUCGCCUAUCCUCUGCCAACACCGGAACAGGUGGCUGAAUUUUACUCUCGACCCACUGCGCCCAAUAAUGGCGAGGAGCAGGGCGAGUGCUGUGUAGAGACUUGCAAGAGAAAUCCCAGUGUAGACGACAUCAAGCUUUACCGGCCGCCAGAGGAGGCUUCAGUGUUAGCAAAAUGGGCGCACAACCUGCAGACGGAGGCUAGUCAACUGACGAGUAUGAGGAUCUGUAAUCUCCACUUUGAGGCGCACUGCAUCGGCAAGCGGAUGAGACCUUGGGCGAUACCCACUCUAAAUCUGGCUGGCAACAUAGAAAAUCUCUAUGAGAAUCCAGAGCAUUCGAUGCUGUAUAAACGACGAACGCACACAAAAACUAAACUACCUACUUUGGUUAAACCAACUUGGGUGCCCAGGUGCUGUCUUCCACAUUGUCGCAAAGUUCGAGCUCUACACAAUGUCCAGCUUUAUCGCUUCCCUAAGCUCAAUCGCUCUACACUUGCCAAGUGGGCGCAUAAUCUGCAGGUUCCCAUGGUUGGCAGUGCUCAACGCCGGCUGUGCUCUGCUCAUUUUGAGCCACAUGUUCUAAGCAAAAAGUGUCCUGUGCCGCUGGCGGUACCCACACUGGACUUGAACCCACCACCUGGCUUAAAGAUUUACCAGAAUCCCGCAAAGCUAAAGGCCAGUAAGCUGUGCCUGCAGCGCGUGUGCAUAGUGGAGAGCUGUCGAAAGACGCGGGCGCAGGGAGUUCAGCUCUUCCGGCUGCCACAUAGUCCCACGCAACUGCGCAAGUGGAUGCACAACAUUAAGACGCGUCCUAGGGCGGCGAUGAGGUCUCAAUACCGAGUUUGUUCUCGUCACUUUGAGACGCACUCGUUCAAUGGCAGGAGACUAAGUGCUGGCGCCAUUCCCACCCUGGAAUUGGGUCAUGAAGACGAGGACAUCUAUCCCAACGAAGCGCAGGCCUUUGUCGACGAGCACUGUGUUGUGGAGGGCUGCGAGGCAUCUAAGGAACAGGCGGAGGUUCGACUGUUCCGCUUUCCCACAGAAGACGACGAUAUGCUGUGGAAGUGGUGCAAUAACCUUAAGAUGAACCCGGUGGAUUGUACAGGAGUGCGUAUCUGCAACAAGCACUUUGAGGCAGAUUGUAUAGGGCCUAAGCACUUGUACAAGUGGGCUAUUCCCACCCAAGAACUGGGCCACGACGACGCCCAAAUCGAACUAGUACCGAAUCCCAAGCCAGAGGACAGAUAUGUGGAUCCGGUGUUUAAGUGCAUUGUGCCCACCUGCGGGAAGACGCGUCGUUUUGACGAGGUCCAGAUGAACAGUUUUCCCAAGGACCCGAAUCUCUUCCAUCGCUGGCAGCACAACCUGCGUCUGGAUCAUCUUAACUUCCUGGAACGCGAACGGUACAAGAUAUGCAACUCUCACUUCGAGGACAUAUGUAUUGGCAAGACUCGGCUCAACAUUGGCUCUAUUCCUACUCUUGAACUUGGACAUGACGAGACGGAGGAUCUAUUUCAAGUAAAUCCGGCGGAAUUGCAGAGCAAUCUUUUCGGACGGCAGCGAAGAUUACACGACGAGUCGAGUGGGGUAAGUAUCAAGCAGGAGUUUUCUGAAUCCGAAGACGUAAAGCCGGAUGUGACCACCAUGCGCGAUGCCUCAAAUUCGAGUACUAGACAGAUUAAGUUCAAGAAAACUAUGUCUGAUCUAAAGUGUUGUGUGCAUAGUUGUGGACGGAGUCGAUUGGAGCACGGAGCAAGGCUCUUUCCAUUUCCUAACGGCAAACAGCAACACCUCAAGUGGCGCCAUAACCUCCGCCUUGAGCCCGACGAGGUGGACCGGACAACGCGGAUUUGCAGCGCCCAUUUUAAUCGGCGAUGCAUUGAUGGCAAGCAACUAAGAAGCUGGGCAAUGCCCACGCAGCAACUGGGUCAUCAGGAGCAGCCAAUUUACGAGAAUCCAAAGAAUAUUCCAGGAUUCUUCACACCCACCUGUGCUCUAGGUCACUGCCGCAAGCGUAGAAGCAUCGACAAUGAUCUACGCACCUACCGAUACCCAAGAAGUGAGGACCUGCUUGAGAAAUGGCGGGCAAAUUUGCGUUUGGCCCCGGAUCAGUGUCGCGGAAGAAUUUGUGCGGAUCAUUUUGAGGCCCAAGUGAGAGGAAAACUAAAGCUGAAGACGGGAGCGGUGCCGACUUUAAAACUGGGUCACGAUGAAGGCUUAAUCUAUGACAAUGAGGCUAUCAAGGUGGGCAUGACUGACGAAGAAGAAGGCAGCUCGGAAUUGCCACGGCUGAAACUCAAAAGAGAGCCGAUUGACGAAGAGGAAGAAGAAGGGGAGGCUGAAGAGGAGCGAAAUGACCAGGACAAUGAGGAUGAAGAUGAAAAAGACGACCACUAUUUUGAUCCUCUCGAAUUGGUUGAGACCUUUGCAGAACAUCAAAGCGAUGAUGAAGUAGAAUACCACGAGGAUGAUGAGGAUGAUCGAGACGACGAAGAGGAUUUGGAGGAGGGUGACCACUUUCUUCCGGAUUUGCCGCCCACUCCUCCGAUCGUUCCUAUGCGUCGCGAAAAGCCUGCCAACAAUGUAACGCCCAUUUGCUGCCUGAAGCAUUGCAGAAAAGAACGCACUGCCUUUCACCUACUCAGCACCUUCGGUUUUCCUAAAGACCGCCAACUGCUGCUCAAGUGGUGCGCCAAUCUCCAUCUGAAUCCUGAUGACUGCAUCGGCAGGGUUUGCAUAGAGCACUUCCAGCCGGAGGUACUCGGUACUCGAAAGCUUAAGCAAAACGCGGUGCCCACUGUUAAUGUCGGGCAUAAUGAACCACUCAGGUACUCAUGCAAUGGAGUGGAUCAAGACCAGGAGCAUUCACAGCCACAACAUUCGGUUUUUCGGCUUUGGAGCCUAAAACACUGUCGCAAGAGGAAGCUCACAGAACCUCCGGACAUUCGCCCAAGCAAGUGGAGGACUGCGAAUGUGCAGAUGAUGCAGAGGUUGAGGAUGGAGAUGCAAAUAGAGAGAGAGAUCAAAUUGGAGAUCCAGCCGGAGAGAGCAUUAAAGACGGAGGUGACGACUCGAACGAAGCAUCCGAGGGAGAGUAAGCUGGAAAGAUGUUGGAUCAGCAUCUGCACAAACGAGGAUGUUAACCAGUUACUUCCCAUGCCUGAAAAUCAAAAUCUUUUAAGAAAAUGGCAACAUAACCUGAAACUGCCUAUGGACACCGUUUUUAGUGAGAUUCGUGUAUGCCUGGAGCAUUUUGAGGAGCAAGUUGUGGAAAACGGAAACCCCUUGGAGCAUGCAGUACCCACCUUAAAGCUGGACCAAAACAGUUGGAAUAUCUACAGAAACAACGGCUCGUGUCUAGUACCUGGCUGCGGAGCUACCUCGGAACUUUUGAGCUUUGUUGAUUUGCCUGAAAAUAUGGUAAUAAAAACCACCUGGUUGUCUUACCUAAGUUUGCCGUUCAGCAGCGAUGGUCUUCUUUGUGGUGACCACUUUAUGGAGCUGUAUGAAAAGGUUGAACUACCCAAAGUUCUGGCCUUGCAAGAUUUGGAGAAUUUGCAAUGGACAGUUGAUGAAUUUAAAUGCGCCGUUCCUGGCUGCUCAUCACAAAAAGGGCAUGAUCUUAAUCUUACCCAGCUUCCAGACAAGGAGGUGACGCUUUUUAAGUGGCUACAUAACACAAAAAUAUCGUACGACCAACUGAAACAUAGAAGUUAUCGCAUAUGUCUGCUUCAUUUUGAGCCAUCGUGUAUAGAAGAGAAUUUCCCGAAGUCUUGGGCUAUACCCACUUUGCAUUUAAACCAUGAGGACAAGAUUCAUUUGAAUCCCAGACAGUCUCAAGGACAGGAAUGUUCGGAAUCACGUAGUGAAACUCCUAAUAGUAAUUCCAGGCUAACUCCUCUUAGAAUAAAGACGGACCUCUCCUCCUUGGGCAGUCCGUGCGCAAGUGCAAGUCCAAGUCCCCGUGGCAAGAUCCGGAUAUGUUGCAUUCCUACAUGUGGACAAUUUGCAAACAGUCAAAUACGGCUCUAUCGCUUCCCCACCGAAGAGCAUGCCUUGCUUCGGUGGCUGGUAAACACACAGCAACAACCUCGCCUUGCGGAUCCUUUGGAGCUUUAUGUGUGCCAGGCACACUUUGAGCCCGAUGCUAUUUGCAAGAAGCAACUUCGCAGCUGGGCUGCUCCAACUUUAAACUUGGGCCACAACGAUUAUGUUAUCCCAAAUGCCAAGCACAAUGGGAACAUCGCUGACGGCCAGGACACAGAGCAGGCGAUGAUGUUUAUCCGAGAGCGAUAUUGCUCCGUGCUGACUUGUUUCCAAGUUGAAGGUAACGGAAUAAGGCUCUACGAAUAUCCAAAGGAAAUGACAACGAUAAGAAAGUGGGCAUCGGCGUGUAGACAUCGAUCCAUGCAGGCCAGUAGCCAUGGAUUCAAAGUAUGCCAGUCUCAUUUUGCGCCGGAGUGCUUUAGUCCUGACACUUUAGACUUGAUUGACGGAUCGGUUCCCACCCUGGAGUUGAGCAAAGAUGAUAUUGAAAGGCACUGCCUAGUGCCUGGAUGUGUUAAGGAUGCGUCGGGAGACCGUCUUCGCUACUAUAAGGUGCCAAAGACCACUGGUCAGCUGAAAGCUUGGAGCAACAACCUGAAGAUCAAUGCCAUGGACCUCGGACUGGGAGAGCAGCUAAUCUGCGAGCGUCAUUUUGAAUCCUUUUGCUUUGGUGCCAACAAGGGAUUGCGUCCUGGGGCACUUCCUACUCUGUUACUCGGUCAUGACGAGGAAGUGGAAAUGUUGCCCAAUCCGGAAAAUCUCUGGCAGCGCAAAGCGGAGGUUUGUUGCGCGCCAGGUUGCGGACGCAUACGACAGCUUGGAGAGGCUCAGUUUAGUGGAUUUCCCAAAGCGUUACCAUUGGCCGAUAAAUGGAUAUAUAAUCUCCGACUAAGGGUAACCAAAGAUCAGAUAGGUAAACUGAAAGUGUGUAGUGCGCACUUCGAGACAUCUCUCUUCAAUAAAACCGGAUUACUUUCGGGGGCUAUACCCACCGUGGAGCUUGGCCAUUCCUCUCCGGAUAUUUUUCCAACGGACACGCAAAAUCUUGGAAAAAGUCCAAAGUUUUCUAAGAGAACCUUGAUGACGGGGGUCGAUUGCUGUUAUCCGGAGUGCAAGGAAUUGUCUAAAAACUUUUCUUACAAUCUGCCCGAUGAGGAGAAUCUUAGGAGAGCUUGGCUACGUCAUUUAAACAUCGAAGAGCAAACGAAUUGCAUCGGAAAACUUUGCCCGCUGCACUACGUCAUUCUUUAUGAGCUCAGUGUCAAAAGUUUUCCAGAGCACGAAUCAAAUGGAUUCCUUGAGGAUAAUUACCAUUCUGCUCGAAGCAACAGGCGCGUUCGGAUCGUUAGCUGUGCAGUUAAAGGUUGUGAAAUGAUUAGACCCCGGGAUAAGGUUCAACUGCACGGGUUGCCUCAAAGGAAAGACAUCCUCAAAAUGUGGGUAGAAAAUGGCCAACUAGAGAUAACUGAGCCGCAGCAGCAAUACAUGCUCAAAGUGUGUCGGAAUCACUUUGAGCCUCGCUGCUCUUUUGACGAGAGGCGGUUGCAUCCCUGGAGCGUUCCUACCCUGCAUUUACCAUCAAAUCCGGUACAUGAGAUUCCAACCAAAGAGAUGUGGCUGGAGAUGACAGCCAAACUGACCGAGGAUGCUGAGACAAACAUGGAUUAUGAGAGAGAGCAGGAGCUGGAGGAGCAGAUGGAGGAUGAUAGCUCUUUAUUAGAGCCCAUUGUAAAAAUGGAGCACAUGGAGUCCGAGGAGGAGAACUCGGAGAUGCAGGCCUUGGAGGUGCUUCUGGAGGUUGGCCACGUUGAGCGAAUGGACAGCUAUGAGAAAAUGGACAAAUCUUACACGGAACAUUCCAUCUAUCAAUCUACUGGAAUUCGUAACCAGUACAAUGCCAAUCAUUGCGCCGUUGAGGGAUGUCAGGUGACCGCUGAGGACGUAGACGGGACCAUUAAGUUGCACAAAUUUCCUGCCUCUUCGGAAGCCGCCAGAAAAUGGAUGCACAAUACCCAAGUUAACAUGAACGAAAAAUUCUGGUGGCGCUAUCGCAUUUGCAGUUACCAUUUCGACCAGGAGUGCUUCCAGAGUGCAAGGAUAAGGAAGGGUGCGAUGCCCACGCUCCUAUUGGGACCUAAACGACCCGACAAUCUGUAUGAAAAUGAGUUCGCAUUACAGGAGACGGAAGAGCUUUCUUUGUCAGCAGAUGUUAACUUACCGGAGCAGAAGAUGCCAUCAGUACUGGAGGUGACGAAACUGUGCCUGCCGCCGCCAGCCCCACCUCGUAAGUCUAGCAAGUUUUGUCAAAUUGAGGGAUGUAUGAAUCACCUGACCACUGAAAACAUGACGUUGCACAAGUUUCCGCAUUCUGAGGAUAUGUGCCUCAAAUGGCAGCACAAUACACAAGUGUCAUUCGAUCCCUUUUACCGAUGGCGUUAUCGGAUCUGCAGUGCCCACUUCCAUCCGGUGUGCCUGCUCAAUAUGCGACUUGUCCACGGUAGUGUGCCCACCUUGAAACUGGGAAGCAAGGCACCCAAAGAACUUUUUGACAACGACUUCGAGGCCAUAAACCUAAGGCUGGACAAAAAGGCGGGACCAGAGACCAAACGCAGUGCAUAUCAAAGAGAAAAGGAAGAGGAUGAAAAUUCUGUACCAUUUCUAGAACCAGAACUGCAGCUCCAAGAAGACCAAGAGAAGGAGGACCCAACUACUAGGCAAAUAUCCUUAUACCAAUCGAAUUGGAAAAGCCAACUUCGACUUCCCGUGAAGCAAGAGAAGGUAACCUACAACCAGGUCAAGUCGGGUUAUGAUAAGUGCUCGUUGGGUCAUUGUCAGCGGCAGAGAUCCCAACACGGCGUCCACAUUUACAAGUUUCCCAAGUCAAGGCACCAACAGGAGCGUUGGAUGCACAACCUCCGCAUUCGCUACGAUGAGCGACGUCCCUGGAAGUUUAUGAUCUGCAGCGUUCACUUUGAGCCACAUUGCAUUAGUUUGAGGAAACUGCGUCCCUGGGCAGUUCCCACCCUUGAACUGGGUGACAAUGUCCCGGAGAAGAUCUUUACAAACGAACAGUGCCAAGAGCUUUCAACUGAUCGGAGCGAGGCUGAGAGCGAUGGCGAAGAAGAGGAUGGCCUGCAGGAAGACGAGGACGAAGAGGAUGAGGAUGACGAGGGAAUAGAACCGGAGGUUCGCAUUAAGCGAGAACGACGACCCAAGCUAGAUCCUUGGCCUCCUGGCCAGAUUCCGCCGUGGAAAGUCAAGCAGUGCUGCCUCCCCUACUGUCGUGCUUUCCGUGGAGAUGGCAUCAAACUAUUCCGGUUACCCAACAAUCGCACCUCUAUCCGCAACUGGGAGCUGGCAACGGGCAUGGUGUUUAAGGAGUCUCAGCGAAACACUCGUCUCAUCUGCAGUCGGCAUUUCGAACCAGAUUUGAUUGGGGUAAGGCGUCUUAUGCGGAACGCCAUUCCCACAAGACAUUUAAAUCCCCAAGAAAUCUCGAAAGAAGCCACAAGAAAGCCGGAUCCUCCAGCUCCCAUUGCAAUGUGCUGCAUGGCUGAUUGUCAUCACAAUGGAAAUAUCAAGUUACACAAGUUUCCCAGUGAUCCCUCGCUGCUAAGACAGUGGUGCCAAGCUUUAAGGCUAACGGAUACACAGAGAUACCGUGGCAAACAUAUCUGCUCGUUCCACUUGCCCACCGACAAGACGAUAAGCUGCAUUAUCUGCGGUGUGGAAAAGGUUCAGCUCCCGAUGCUUAACUUUCCGGACCAGCGUAAUCAGCGCGCAAAGUGGUGCUACAAUCUCAAGAUCGAGGCCAUACCAAAGUGGGAUCAUUCUAAGCACAUAUGCUGUCGUCAUUUUGAAUCCCAUUGCUUUGUCCAGGAAGGUGAACUACGUCCAGGAGCGAUUCCGACGCUGCAUCUUAACCAUGAUGACACGAACAUAUUCCUCAGCGACUAUACAGAUGGUCCGACGAUCAAUCGCAUAAAGGACGAGCUCUUGGACAAUGACGAUAUGCUGCUGGUUUAGUCUACCCACUAAAGGAAUCAUUUUAGUCUAGUUUUAGCUGUACCAUUUUAUAGAUCUUUUUGUACAUUCAUUGUACCAAUGCCACAUCACGUCUUCUAGUUUUUAUCAUGUAGUCUCUACCGGUGAUUUUAAUGCGUUAUUAAUUCGUAAGUGGCUUAAGGAGUAUAUGCCAUACAAAGAAACAAACAACACACAAUGUUCCUUAAGUUUUUGUUUUUACUUUUUAUACAUACGUACUUUAACUGUGAGAGAAAUCUGUUUUAGUUUCCAUAUGAUAAAUAUAUAUAAACUAAAUAUAUAUAUACAUAUUAUGUAAUAUCCUUGAGCGUAUAUGUGUAGAUCUGUAGAUGACCCAAUAAUAGUUGCAGGUUUUCUAAAUAUACAUAAAUAAUGAAACUGAAA